AACAAACAGGCGCUUGUCCCGGGUAAAUUCCCCCUUUACCCACUCUCUCCCUACUCCGCCAUGGACGAAACGAGCCCGCUAGUCUCGCCGCUCCGCGAUUCCAACGAUUUUAACUACGGGCCCGCAGAGCCGACCAGUCCCCGGGGUGGAUUUGGAAGUACACCGGGCUCAGUAGUGCGUCUUCCGGCAGGGAGUCCCGGGCGCAGCCGCGAAAGACAGCCGCUGCUAGACCGAGAUCGAGGCGCGUCUCCCCGGGAUCCGCACAGGAACGAGUUCCCAGAGGACCCGGAGUUUCGGGAGAUCAUCCGGAAGGCGGAGCGGGCCAUCGAGGAGGGCAUUUACCCGGAGCGCAUCUACCAGGGCUCCAGCGGCAGCUACUUCGUCAAAGAUUCAGCAGGGAAGAUCAUCGGAGUCUUCAAACCAAAGAAUGAAGAGCCGUACGGCCAGCUGAACCCCAAAUGGACCAAAUGGCUUCAGAAGCUGUGCUGUCCGUGCUGCUUCGGCCGCGACUGCCUGGUUCUGAAUCAGGGUUAUCUAUCAGAGGCCGGAGCCAGUUUAGUGGACCAGAAACUAGAACUCAACAUUGUGCCGCGCACAAAGGUGGUUUAUUUAGCAAGUGAAACCUUUAAUUACAGUGCCAUUGAUCGAGUGAAGUCUCGAGGAAAGAGGUUAGCUCUAGAAAAAGUGCCCAAAGUGGGCCAACGUUUCCACCGGAUCGGCCUGCCACCUAAGGUGGGAUCAUUCCAGAUUUUCGUAGAAGGUUAUAAAGAUGCAGAUUUCUGGCUGCGGCGGUUCGAGGCAGAGCCUUUACCAGAAAACACUAAUCGUCAACUUCAGCUGCAGUUCGAGAGACUGGUGGUGCUGGAUUACAUCAUCAGAAACACGGAUCGAGGAAAUGACAACUGGCUCAUAAAAUAUGAUUAUCCGAUGGAUACCUCAAGCAACAGGGACAGUGAUUGGGUGUUAGUGAAGGACCCCAUCAUUAAACUGGCAGCCAUCGACAAUGGUCUGGCCUUCCCUCUCAAACACCCAGACUCAUGGAGAGCCUACCCGUUUUACUGGGCCUGGCUUCCACAGGCUAAAGUUGUGUUUUCCCAAGAGAUCCGAGAUUUAGUUCUGCCUAAAUUAGCAGACCCGAACUUCAUCAAAGACCUCGAAGAAGAUCUCUAUGAGCUUUUUAAGAAAGAUCCAGGUUUUGACAGAGGACAGUUCAAGAAGCAGGUCUCGGUAAUGAGGGGUCAGAUCCUGAACCUCAGUCAGGCGAUGCGGGACGGGAAGACGCCGCUCCAGCUGGUGCAGAUGCCGCCUGUGAUUGUGGAGACGGCCCGAGUGCCACAGCGCGCCAACAGCGAAUCCUACACGCAGAGCUUCCAGAGCAGAAGACCGUUCUUCACAUGGUGGUGAUGCAGCCUUUUACUCGCAUCUGCAGCCUGGUUUUAGUCACGUUUUUGAUGGGAGUUUGGGAACAAAUGAAUGAAGGAGUCAAAUGAUUGACGACAAACACAUAAUCCUGAUGGAGGAGCAUCGCCUUGUUGACUGUUACACUGUAUGGACACGUUCAAAAUGACUUGCAUGUCAAUAAGAUGACGAAGGAGAAGCUUUUCUGCUGUAGUAAAACAUCAAUGCUUGACGGCUGCUUUCCCAGCACUGGAUCUCCUGGAACUGCUCACCCGUGCUUUACUUUCACUUUCCUGCAAUCGUUCGAAAAAAGCCACACACACACACACACUUCUGUUCUCUGCUUUCCUUAUAUUUUUCUACUUUUGUACAUGCACGUAACCCGGAGCUCGACUGAGCAUGUGCGGAAACACUGGACGGCGUCUCUGUGACAUCAUUAUGUUUUUAUUGCUGGGCAAUGAUUAAUUUAGUCCAAAACUAUAGUUUGUUUUUACAUUAAAUAUAUGUAAGUGUUAUGUACAUUUAUCAUAGAUUUAUAUAUAAAUACACACAUACAUGAAACAAAUUCUAUACAAAUGAAUAAUAUUUACUAGAGGUGUGGCAGAAAAAUUUACUAGAGCUGUGAAAUUCAAGAAAUCAGGGGCGCUGUAUGCUUUAUAAACUAGAGUGCUAUCUCCUGUUCAAAACUAGCCUAGAGCGCCAUCUGGUGUUUCAAACUAGCCUAGAGCGUCUCAAAACUAGCCUAGAGUGGCAUCUGGUGUUCAAAACUAGCCUAGAGCGUCUCAAAACUAGCCUAGAGCGUCACCUGCUGUUUAAAACUAGCCUAGAGCGUCUCAAAACUAGCCUAGAGCAUCAUCUGCUGUUUAAAACUAGCCUAGAGUGGCAUCUGGUGUUCAAAACUAGCCUAGAGCGCCUCAAAAUUAGCCUAUAGCGUCAUCUGCAGUUUAAAACUAGCCUAGAGCGCCAUCUGGUGUUCAAAACUAGCCCAGAGCGCCAUUUGGUGCUUAAAACUAGUCUUAGAGCGUCUCAAAACUACCCUAGAGCGCCAUCUGGUGUUAAAAACUAUCCCAGAGCACCAUCUGCUGUUCAAUAACUAGUCUUAGAGCGUCUCAAAACUAGCUCAGAGCGCCUUCUGCUGUUCAAAAUUAGCCCAGAGCGCCAUUUGGUGUUCAAAACGGGCCCAGAGCACCAUCUGCGGUUCAAAACUAGCCUAGAGCAUCUCAAAACUAGCCUAAAGCAUCAUCUGCUGUUCAAAACUAGCCUCGAGCAUCAUCUGAUGUUCAAAACUAGCCUAGAUCAUCUUAAAACUAGCCUGGAGCACCAUCUGUUGUUCAAAACUAGCCCAGAGUAUCAUCUGGUGUUCACAACCCUUUCUUUUUCGCCAUCUGCUGCUCUAAACCAGCCUAGAGCGCUGCCAUCUGUGGUUCUAAACUAGCCAAGUGCACAGUCUGCAGUUCUAAACUUGCCUAGAGUGCCAUCUGCUGUUCUGUACUAGCCUAGAGUCUCUCAAAAUUAGCCUAGAGCGUCUAAAAACUAGCCUAGAGCGCCACCUGGUGUUCAAAUCUAGCUCAGAGCGCCAUCUGCUGUUCAAAACUAGCCCAGAGUGCCAUCUGGUGUUUAAAGCUAGCCUAGAGUGCCCCCUGGUGUUCAAAACUAGCCUAGAGCAUCUCAAAUCUAGCCUAGAGCGCCAUCUGCGGUUCUUAAUUAGCCUAGAGCGCCGUGUGCUGUUCUAAACUAACCUAGAGUGCCGUCUGCAGUUUUAAAGUAGCCCAGAGCGUUAUCUGCUGUUCUGAACUAGCCUAGAGCAAUGUCUACAGUUCUGAAUUAGCCCAGAGCGCCAUCUGCUGUUCUGAACUAGCCUAGAGCGACGUCUACAGUUCUGAAUUAGCCCAGAGCGCCAUCUGCUGUUCUGAACUAGCCUAGAGCGAUGUCUACAGUUCUGAAUUAGCCCAGAGCGCCAUCUGCUGUUCUGAACUAGCCUACAGCACCAUCUAGUUAACUAGAUUCAUAUAAAAAUGGUGCAUUUUGAAAAUUCACAUUUGAAUGUUCACCACUGCUCUAAUAUUUACAGAUAUUUAAAUGUAUAAUCUGUACAUGUAUAUGUAUACAUAGAUCUAAAUAAUUUCUCAUGUACACUCACAUUUAAUAUUAAUACAAGCUUUUAUUUUGGAUGUGGUUAAUCAUUGCUCAGCACUUGUUAUUUUGUUUUGUUUUUGUUCAAUUUAAUUUGUAAAGCAGAUUUUUUUUUUAACAAUGUGUUCACAGGUGUCAAUGAAACUGACCAUGACAAUGGACUGUAUAAUUUGUAUGUAAUGUAUUUAAUGAAAGACGCUAAAAACUAUAAUGUUACUCAAUAAAAGAACAGACUCGA